UUUUUCUAAAAGAGGCUUUUGAGACUUCCUCAUCUGUUCGAGGGAGUGAAGUAACUUGGCGGUCUCUCUUCUAUAAUUCUUAACCCGAUCUAAUUUCCCAGUAAAAUCCUAUCUUUUGUAGGAAUGACGUAGCAGUCCCCUUCCGCUGAAAUCUGCUAUCGGAGACUUUCAGUUUCAGAGAUUCGACCGUUCGACUGCCUCGCUUUGUCGUCUGGAAUCAAAAUCCAGUAGUAGUAGGUGGAGAAGCGGUAGGGUUAGGGUUAGGGUUAGGGUUUGUUCGGUUUCGACUGUUCUGUUUCUUGUUGUACCAUGUACGCUGAUCGAGUGGAUGCUGGGACCAAGAGGUCUGUGAAGGAGCGGCUUAACGGGAACACCGAAGAAGAUUUUGGUCGAAGUAGACAGACCAAUAACAAGAGGCAGAGGCCAAAUGAUGACAAGUGGGAACAUGAUCUCUUCAAGGAUGACAAUGAAUCCCGUGUUGCAAACCGCAAAGUUGACGCCAGAGAUCUUCGGUUGAAGCUCCAAAAGAAGAACUCACCGCAAGCAUAUCAAAGUGGAAAGGGUAAUCUUGCAGGUGGUGUCCGGGAUCUACGUGAAAAGCUGUCUGGCACAAUGCAAUCACAACCAGUAAACACUGAUCCCCCAAAGUCAAAACCAGCAGCAGAGGUUGCUAAACCUGCUAGAAAAAGUGUUGCAGUUGAAGCCUCAGCACCAGAAACCAAAAAAGCUCCACCUUCAAUUUCUUCAAGGAAAAAGACUCAACAAAAGGAUGAAAAAUCAAUGGAAGGCUUGUUGCAGUCUCUUGGUCUUGAAAAAUAUCAGAUUAUUUUUCAGGCUGAAGAAAUUGACAUGACUGCUCUGAUGCACAUGACUGAUGAGGAUCUCAAGGCGUUGGGGAUUCCAAUGGGUCCUAGGAAGAAGAUACUUUUGGCCUUGGAUACCAGAGCCUGAAACUGGGGGUGGAGUGAUUUUCUGUUAAAUCUGGCUUUGAGCCAUCUUCGUACAACAGUGAACAAUUACAAGCUUGUGUUUGAGUUGGUAUGAGGCUUGUCAUGUAUCCUCUUUGGAUUAAUUAUUUGGUUGUAUUGCUGAAAAUUGCUUCAACAGGAUAGAGAAGUAGAGGUGUCAAAACCAAUGGAAUCAAUAUGUUGGGCCUGAGGGAAGAUGUUUAGUUUAACAAAUUUUAUUGGCAUCUCUGUAUUGAGGUUUUUGAUCCUUUCUAAUUCAAGAUCUUGUUCAGUCC